AUAGGACUAAUUCCAAAUAUGAAAGAGCUAAACACCGGAAAACCCAGGAGGACGGCUGGUAAAAAAAAAUAUCCGCAGGUUUUAUUUUCUUCGUUUUUUUUCCCGCGGAAGCAGAAAGAUAAAAAAAUGUCACUCCUCCAAUCCUUCUUCGUUCCGAAAAACCUAAACCCUUUCCCGUUCAUCACAAACCCUAACCCUAACCCUGGCCUCAAAUAUUCUCUCUUCCAUCGCAAUCGAAACCUUAAACAUGAUUUCUCCGCACCAGCGAGCUCCAACUCCGAAAAGCCCCCAGAACCUGACCCUAACCCUAAUCCCAAGAAAGCCUCUGCUCGCCGCCGUCAAAAUCCCAAAGUCCCUUCAGAGAAUCCCUCCGGCGAUCUCUUCCCGUCGACGAUUCCGAGAAAGCCACGGCGUGGUCGCCGGAGCGAGGCGGCGGCAGUCGAGGACUUCAUCCGAGACUCAUUGGAGAAGACAUUUGCUUCGAUUCGAGAGAAAAACUCUGAGGUUUUGGAUGGGAAAGGGGAAAUUUUGAAGGAGAGAAUCAAGGAGGAAGAGGAGAAGGAAGAGGGGAAGGAAGAUGAUCAUGUGAUUGAAGAAGAGGAUCCAAAUUGGCCAUUGGAUGCGGAUGUUGGAUGGGGGGUUAGGGCGUCGGAGUACUUCGAGAAGCAUUCGAUAAAGAAUGUGGUGGUUGAUGGGGUCGAAAUUGAUUGGGAAGGAGAGAUUGAUGAAGGGUGGGUGAAGGAGAUCAAUUGCUUGGAAUGGGAGAGCUUCGCAUUUCACCCCAGCCCGUUGAUUGUUCUUGUUUUCGAACGAUAUAACAGGGCAGCUGAUAACUGGAAGCUUUUGAAGGAGUUGGAGAAGGCGGCCAAGAUAUACUGGAAUGCAAAAGAUCGGUUGCCUCCAAGGGUAUGCCUACUUGGUGCCUAUGUGCCCAGAAACCUGGCAUAUGCGCUGAAAGUCAGAGAAUGUCCUCAGCUGUUGUUUCUUAAAGGAAAUAAGAUUUUGUAUAGGGAGAAAGAGUUCAGAACAGCAGAUGAGCUGGUGCAUAUGAUUGCACAUUUCUACUAUAAUGCAAAGAGACCUUCAUGGGUGGACCCAGCAGCAGUUGCGCCUCCAUUUUGAUUGUUAAGCUUCAGGUUAGUUCCCAAGAUUCAUUUUGUAAUCUGCUGAGCGAGAUUAAUUCAGGUUCCAUACAGGCUUAAUGGCUUUGCAGUUGCCAUUAUGGAGCUACCGUAGACUUUCUCAUAAGCGGGCUGGAUCUAUUAUGCGCUGGGACGAUACUUUGGAGCGCUUGAAGUGGAUACCGAUGAAUAUACACCCUCUAAGUAGCCCAAACUACUCAUAUGAGUUUCUGUAAAUAAAAAACUGGCCAACUUAGAGUUAUUCUCCCAACUUCGAUGUUUGGGUGCUGUGUAAGGAGCCAUAUGAGCACUGUGUCCAUGGAUAGCUGCUUGUUUCUCUCUCGUCUGCUGAUACUCAUUUUUCUACUCCCGGGUGUAUUGUCGACCUUUUAUGCCAAGGGGUUCUUUGUUUGCGCAUAAUUCAAAUUGCAAUACAAAGGACUGUUGCAAGUAACCUCAAUAGCCCCAAAAUUGUCGCUAUAUUUGUUCGGUUGUGACAUUGUGUUUGUCAGAAGAUUAAUUGAGAGGAAAGUUUUUACCCCUUGUAAGUUGGGGAGACCA